AUGAUGACACGUGUGGUUGUUCGUGACAAAGAGGCAUUGGGAAUCACAAAGGAUAGCCAGCUGCAAGGAGGAAUUGUAGAGCAGCGGUUAUGCGAGGUACGUGUGCGGAGCAUUGCAGUGCAAACACCACCCAGUACACGUGGCAUCAUCGUCUUAGCUGACAUAAUAGUGGAAUUGAAACCUAGUCAAAUAGACCUAAAGCCUAGAACAACCAAUGAACCAACAACCUAUAACAAAAUGCCUAUUGACCAAAAGAACCCCAAGCCCAAUUUAGAGCUUCUAGACCCUUCACGAAAACAAACCCAUGAAACUGACCCAAUAGAUUCAAAGCCUAAAGCAGCCAACAACCCAAUAGCUCAGAAUCUAAGCCAAAACCAGAAAGAAGAUAAACACCCAACCCAAUUCUCCCAAAUCAAUCAAAUUCUUGAUCUCUGCAUGGCGAAAGUGUUUCAUAAAAUGUCCCUAAAACGAACUACUCAGGGAGGUAGUAACGAGGGAAAGGCUUUCGAAACCUAG